AUGAAAGUGGACAAGGAGAAAUUGAAUGAUCCUCAUACCAAAGCGCAGCUCUUGUUGAGUGCUCAUUUCACUCGGACUCCGAUCACUACGGAUUUGUCUUCGGAUCAAAAAUUCAUUUUGGACCACGCGGUGCGUCUUUUGCAGGGUUUGGUCGAUGUGAUCUCCUCGUGUGGAUGGCUGACGCCGGCCUUGAGCGCCAUGGAACUGAGCCAGAUGAUCGUUCAAGCCACGACCUCCACGAGUUCUCCAUUGAUGCAACUGCCGCAUUUCUCCUUACAAAUGGUGGAGAAAGCCAAGCAACUGGACUGGCUUAAGCUUAGAAGAGAAGAGGUGAUGAGCAUGGAGGAUGCUCAACGAGACAAGCUGUUGGAUGGCUUGUCUCAGUCUCAGCUCACGGAUGUGGCUCGGGCGUGCAAUCGCUUCCCGGCCAUUUCCUUGGAGUACAAGGUGAACUCUGAUUCGCUCACAGCGGGUGGCAGCGCCAAGAUCUCUGUGAAACUGACGAGAGAGGCCAUGGAGGAAGAAGGCGGCGGAUUCUGGUUGGCUUCACUGUGGGCAGUGGCUCGGCGCGAAGUGGGUCGAGCAUUGUUUGUGAAGGGGCUGGAUUUGGUGCAAUCGGGAUUGGAUCAGGUUACCGUUUCAUUGGAUUGGGACUUUGAGAGAUUUUUGCAUCUAGCAAGCUUUCUUUUGUUGCUUUCCCAUUGGAACGAAUUCUCUGGCAUCACUAGCCUCUUGCUGCGUAUCCUUAGAGCUGGCUUGCACUUGCUUUGGGUGGCGGUUCACCGUUGUGAAGGUCGGCGAGAAGGACCAGUGGGAGUUGAAACCGUUGUUGUUGGAGGUCACGCAUACCCAGAACAGGAAGAGCUCUUUACCUGGAUAGGCAUGGCCUUGGCUGCAGGCGGUCCCCCAUUACCAGUGGGAUCGUUUGUGUUGAUUUCAAGGCCCCCUGACUGGGACGAAGUGCUUGUGUGUGGGUUUGGCGAUAGCAAUCGAGUUGCAUUAUGCCGUACAACCAGCACAGACGGCAGCGAUUGGGUGUGGGUGUUGGUGCAACUUUUGGGCCUUCAUUUGCGUUUGCCAGUAGUGGGGGCACAUGGGUUGCGGACGGCUCCGGCCGGCAUAGACAACAACGACGUGAACUGGAUCUGCACCCCUCCGGCUGGUCUGAACCAAUGGCAGCCCACUGCUGCGGAGUUGGCCAAUUUGGCCACAGAGGCCAACCUGGUACUUGCUCAGGUGACGCCGGGCAGCCCGGGUUGGGUUCUCAACGCGCCUGGGGUGGGUGGCCCCAACGCAGGAGGUGCAACAAGCAGCGGCUGCGCCAAUUGCCAGCCGGGCCCGGAGGAGGAGGAGGUUUGGCACAGGAGCGGACUUGCGGGCCUUAGAAGCAGCUGUCCAGAGUUUGCAAGCGAUGGCAUUGAGUCCAGGAAGACGUUCCGCUCAUUCCCGUGGCAGCAGCAAGAAGAAGACCCGCAAGAACAAGCGGGAAUCCCGGAAGAAGAAGAAAAAGAAGAAGGGAAAGAAGUCCUGGAGCAGCAGUUCGAGCGGCUCGAGUUCAAGCAGCCGUUCAAGGUCCAGGCGUUGAGAUGGAAAGAGAGCGGCAAGGACCGAUCCGUGCCGUAUGCCAGCCUUACUCACAUCGAUGGCCUAAAGUUCAAGAAGAAGGGCGACUUGGUGGCAUUCGCCACGAAGAAUCCGGUGGCGCUGACAGCACACUUUUUGGCAGGUGUGUACCAGCGGCUGUCGAAAGGACAGUUGAGCCGCAGCGGUCAGCUCCGCGAUGUGUCAGUGACAGCAUGGGCUCACCAGUUUGCCGGCCUGAGCGAGCCGAGGGACAUCAAGGAGGUGGUCACUUUAGCGGAAGUGCUAGAUGCAGUCAAUCGACGCGAGCUGGCGCAGGCACUCGACAUCAUCAGCCAGAGAAUCUUGGCCAUCCAGCAGGCCCGUCAGAAGGGUGGGUCCUGGGAAAAGUCGGAGCAGAUCGAGUUGAUCGACGCUCGCAAGACGUUGGCGAGCCACUCUAUGUUGGCUCUGACCAAUGCCUAG